UUGCACCGCACUGUGCACUGCCUCUGUCAACACGGUGUCAAAGUGUUAGUGAGCAGAAACGGAGAAGGUCGUGCAAAUCACACCGUGAACUUUAUUAUCCCGAAUUUGCCUCGCUAUCAGCAAGAAACCUUCACAAAACACGAUAAAAAUGUACGGAAAUCGGCCACAGCUUGGUAACGGUGGUUUUAACCGCGGUGGAAUGCAGGGUGGUCGCCCGGGUGGCCCGAUGGGUGGUGGAUUCCGUCGUGAAGGUGGAGCUGGAGGCUACGGGGGCGGUAACGGAGGCUCGUUCGACCGUCAGUCCAACAAUGGCAAGAAUCUCCGGAACGUCAAGUGGGAACCGGAGGAUCUGACGCCAUUCGAGAAGAAUUUUUAUCAACCAUCCGCCGGACUGCUGAACCUGACCGUGACGGACAUUGAAGGCUAUCUGAACAAGCAUCAGAUUACGCUGAAGGGUCGUGACGUGCCGCGUCCGAGCAUGGAGUUCGAGGACGGUGGUCUGCCGGUGUACAUUAUGGAGGAGCUGAAGCGUCAAGGCUUCAGCAAGCCAACGGCCAUACAGGCCCAGGGCAUGCCGAUCGCGCUGAGCGGUCGCGACAUGGUGGGUAUUGCACAGACCGGAUCCGGCAAGACGCUCGCUUACGUGGUACCGUCGCUGGUGCACAUCCAGCACCAGGCCAGCAUUCGGCGGGGCGAUGGCCCGAUUGCGCUGAUUCUGGCCCCGACCCGUGAGCUGGCCCAACAGAUUCAGCAGGUAGCGACGGACUUUGGUUCGCGCGUUAGUGCGAACAAUACGUGCGUGUUCGGUGGCGCUCCCAAGGGACCGCAGAUCCGUGAUCUCGAGCGGGGUGCCGAAAUAGUGAUCGCUACCCCCGGUCGGUUGAUCGAUUUUCUCGAGCGCGGCAUAACAAAUUUGCGCCGCUGCACCUACCUGGUGCUGGACGAAGCCGACCGUAUGCUGGACAUGGGCUUCGAGCCACAGAUACGCAAAAUUAUGGGCCAGAUUCGUCCCGACCGGCAGGUGCUGAUGUGGUCGGCUACCUGGCCGAAGGAGGUGCGCAAUCUGGCGGAAGAAUUUUUGGCCGACUACAUCCAGAUCAAUAUUGGAUCGCUGAAUCUGUCCGCGAACCACAACAUCCUGCAGAUUGUGGAUGUGUGUGAAGAUUACGAGAAGGAUCAGAAGCUGAUGAAGCUGCUGACGGAGAUAUCGGCCGAACCGGACACGAAGACCAUCAUCUUCGUGGAGACGAAGCGCCGUGUCGAUGAUAUUACGCGCAUCGUGAACCGCAAUGGAUGGCGCGCUGUGGCUAUCCAUGGCGAUAAGUCGCAGCAGGAGCGUGACUACGUGCUCAGCACAUUCCGUAACGGGCGCCAGGGCAUACUGGUGGCCACGGAUGUAGCUGCUCGCGGUUUGGAUGUGGAAGACGUAAAGUUCGUUAUCAAUUACGACUAUCCGUCGAACUCUGAAGAUUACGUGCAUCGGAUUGGUCGAACGGGACGCUCGAACAAUACCGGCACCGCCUACACCCUGUUCACCAACUCGAAUGCCAACAAAGCGAACGACCUGAUCAACGUGCUGCGUGAAGCGAAUCAGGUGAUCAAUCCACGGCUGGUAGAGCUGGCCAAACCGAACAUGGGCAAGGGUCGUCAGCGGUACAAUAAUCAUCGCUUCGGCGGACAGCAGAACCGUCCACCACGGGACGGUCCGUACGGUGGCGGUCCACGCCAUGACGGUGGCGGUGCCGGACGGUUCGGCCAACGGGAUGGCGGCGCACCAAAGUACGGCGGCGGUAUUGGUGGUGGUCGUAACGAGGGGGCCGACAAGUACGGUCCACCGCGCGACAAUCGGCUGUCGAUGUACGGUGUCGGUGCGGGCCUACCGCCACAGACGCUUGGUGGGCUGGCGGCCAGCACGGCCCUGGCCAAACCGCCCGGCGUUGGUGGGGGGGUAGGCCAGCGUCAGAGCCGCUUCUCGGCACCACCACAAUCGGCUAGCGCUGCAGUCGCCGCCGCUGCUGCUGCCGUCUUCGCUUCCAGCUACCACCAGCAGAGCAAGUAUGCAGCAGCGGGUGGUGGUGCACCGUCGGUGGGGGGUGCUGGCCUAGCCGGAGCGCAUCCAGCGGCCGGUGCGGCCGCCUACGGCAGUUCCGCCUCUUCGUACAAAGCACAGCAGCAGUCCGGUAGCGAAACCGCCCACAUGUACGGUAGCAGCAGUGGUGGGUACAGUGCCCGGCCACAGCCAGCAGCAUCCGCGCUACCGUCGGCGGCAGCCGCUGCAGUAGCGGCCGCUGCGUACCAGUACGCGGCAAACGGAGCGACACCCGCAUUUGCGUAUCCGCCACCGCAGGUGGUACUGAACUAAAGCGCUUCAGCGCAUACACACACACACAUUUUCAUCCCACUAAACUAAUGCGAUAUAAUUUAAUGUAUUUAAUUUAACUAUGCAGAGUUAGUUCGUAAAAACACAUUUAUGCUUGAAUUCACUACUAUUUUACGUUCGGUUAAAUGGGCGGAAUUAGUUUUGACCUAAUCGCAUAUCCCAUCAGUCCCAUAGUUCAAAAUGCGUGUUACUACUCGCCGUGAAGUGAAAGAGUUGUAGUGGACGAGGGGUGCGCAACUGCGCCAGGAAUAUAUACUUUCAUCCAAGAAAUGACAUUACACCCUAGAAGCGAGAAUAUAAUGGUUCGGGGUGAUAUAUUUCUGCUUAUCCUUUAGUUUUGUACGGUGUGAAGUAUUGUCUAUAGGUAAUGUUUAAGUUUUUGCCACAAACCGAGUGGUCUAAUGGGCGCGCGCGAUACGUUACAAAACUCGGACGCAAAGAAAAACCAUCAACUUUUCCGCCUGGAAGUUUUCAGUGAGAUCUGUGGUCAGAAUUGUAUUUGAUCCAGAAGUGUUUGGAAUGCUCAAUUUUUGGUCCAACGUCCAAAAAACCAGAUUGUAAGCCGCUUUCUGCUAUAGUUUCCACUGAACAACUUCCUCCACUAUAUACUUAGAUGAUUCCACAACUUUAUACACGAAGAAAAAGAGGAAGGAAAUUGUAAACCCCUAUAAAUGUCGACAUCAUUUUACACACUCUCUGACAUCUACCUGGUACCCAGAGAUUUAUUGGUACCUCCAUUUUCUCUCCGGUUGUAUGUCAAGGAAUGGUUUGUGAAAGUGAAUUUUAUGAAACUUAUGUUAAUUUUCCGCGUAUCGUUUUGAGAAAAAAAACCUUAAGAAUUGUACUUUGAUUGAAAUACACAUCAAACAAUAGCAGCAAACAGUAGUGUACGAACGUACCGUCAUCAGCAGUGGUGGGUUUUCCACACAUUGCUAUUGCAGCUCUACAAUACCAACACAACAAAACAAGUGACAAAUUUUUAAAUGUAAAUAAUGAUGUAGCAGCAACAGGAAAGGAAGGAUCGCCAUAACCAUCGCACACAACCGCGAAGAGAGCAUCCUUCUGUUUGUGUGUGGUAGGUUCGAGCGGUUCAAGCAAAAAAGAAAAAGCCAAAUUUAAAAAAUGAAGAGAGAGAGAGAGAGUAGCAAAAACAACAGAAAUCACAUGUUGAAAUUUAAAAAAUGUCAACGAUUUAUUAUCUCUUCUUAAGCCCCGUCUGAUAAGAGACUUUUAACAACAAUUUAGCACACCACUACUUUAGCACCAACCAAGGUGUGUUAGUAGUGGUGGUGGUGCAAACAAUAUAAGUGACAAAAACAACAACAAAACAAAAAAGUGCAACAAAAAUGAUGUAGUCGUGCGUAUCUAUAUAUAUAUGCAUGUAUGGAUGUGUGUGUUGGGUAGAUUAUAGUGCAUUUUUCGUGCAUCAGCGGUGUGUAUUGUUUCUCUCGACGUAAAGGAAAUAUGGUAUUUCCUCCCUUCAAACUUUUUUUUUUCUAUAUAUAACAACACGGUAAAACACACACACCCUUAACUGUGAAUUAUUCAAACUAAUACAUUGAAUAAUAAGAGUAAUGCAAAGCAAAGCAAAGAAAAAAAAACCUAUAGCAAAAAACAAAAACAAAUCUUAAUGAAUUAAUUGGCACAUUGUCGAAAUCGAAAUAAUACUGUAACUCCCGUAAAUGGGUCCGUGUAACGCGCAGGUCCAAACAACCGUGUCCCGAAAGUAAUUAAAAGGGAGGUUGCGAUUGCAGGAGUCAUGUUUUUAUUUUGAAUGCACAAUAAAGAAUUAAUUCAUAAUGGUA